AUGGAUAUCCAUGUGGGUAUCCAUCUCGCCUGCCUGGUGGCCGUGGUCGUCGCCGACAGCUACAAGACGCCCAUCCCGAUCCUGAAGGACGACCGCACACAGAACGCCUAUGGCGAGUACACGUUCGACUUCGAGACUGGAAACGGCAUCGUCAGGAACGAGGCCGGAAAGCAGGCUGAUGGCCAGGAGUCCUCGGGAGGAUGGAGCUACACCGCUCCCGAAGGCAUCCCCAUCAAGCUGAGCUUCACCUCCGGCGUGGGCGGUUACCAGCCCGUGGGCGAUCACCUUCCCGUGGCACCCACGUCAGUGCCUCUUCCCUACGAACGUUCGCGCCCGGCCAGCCCCUCUACGUCGACUCAGCUGCGAGAGUACUGGCUUCUUGCAGGGGUCAGAGUCAAGGGACAGGCCACCCUGCCGCGUCCUCUCGACGUAGACUGCAUCUCUAUUUUGUGUUAUGGCAAUUGCCACGGCUAG